ACUUAUCUGAUUCACUUGAUUAGUUGACAUGUGAGGAGCAAUAUGUCAGGUUCUCAAGGAUUUGGAAUCUUUUCUCCUUUGAUUCAGUGGUUGGCUUGGUAUUCUCCCAAAGAAGGUUGGAUUUGCCUUAACAUGGGUGCCCUAAAAUGGAGCAAAUUAUGGAGUAGUGGCUUAAGACCAUAAAGAUUGUAUAUGUUUACAGGAGUUCCAGUCAUUAAAUAAAGAGAAUAAAGAAUCUAUAAAUAAACGGCCAUGAACGGCUAUUUUUACAAGGGGAAUCUAGCACUUUAAACCAACUCCGCCAUUGACUGGUGCAACCAGUCGUCCAAUGCUGCGUAGGAGAUAAUCUGAUUCCCUAGGCUAUCUUGAGUCUUGAAUUGAGACUUUGAGAGUGAGAGUCGGAGACACAGACAGGAGAGAGAGAGAGAGAGAGAGAUCAUCAUCCAGUCCUCCAGAAGACAUGCCUGACGCUUUGAUUCGUCCGCUGAUUGAAGCCGUGCACUCGAGCCCCGCUCAGGCUGUCCUGUAUCUCUCUGGCGGAGCUUCUCAGGCACUUUGGUGGUUGAUGUCCGUCCCUGGUGCGUCUAAUACGGUCCUUGAAACUGUGGUCCCGUACUCCAAGAUGUCCAUGACCCAGUUGCUCGGCAAGAUUCCCACUCAUUUCACUAGCCAACAAACUGUCGAGGACAUGGCAUUGUUGGCUUAUAAUCGUGCGCUGAAGCUCUCUAGACCAGGUCAUCCAGUUGUAGGUGUGGGUUUCACUGGCUCUUUGGCUAGCUCACAUCCAAAACUUGGUGAUCACAGGUUUUACCUAUCAACAAGAACAUGUGAUCGACAUUGGGUGUCUAAAGUUACCUUGUCAAAGGGUUUGCGAACCCGUGAACUAGAAGACAAGGUUUCAAGUCAUCUUUUAAUCAAGGCACUUGCAGAUGCAUGCAAAGUUUCAGCAUCUUUUGUUUCAGAAUUGAAUGAUUCAGAAGUUCCUGAUGAAUCUGAAGAACUCUUUGAUGAAGAUCAAGAAUUACAGCAACUUUUAGAUAGUCAGAUAUGCAUGAAAGUUUAUCAAUUUUCAGAUGAGACAAAUGGUUCAAGUUCCGAGAGAAAGAUCAUACUAUCUGGUUCAUUUAAUCCAUUGCAUGAUGGACACCUCAAACUCUUGGAAGUUGCUACUAGCCAAACUAUUAUGGUGGAGACCAUGGCAAGAUGCUGGACAUUCUGCUUGGAUGCAAAAGAACAGGAUGCACAUUUCUUGUUGGUGGUCGAAAUAUCGACGGUGCUUUCAAGGCUCUUGAAGACAUUGACAUUCCAGAGGAGUUGAGGGAGAUGUUUAUUUCAAUACCAGAGGAGAAGUUUCGCAUGGAUAUUUCGUCCACAGAAAUAAGAAAACGCCAUGGAAUGUGGAUUUCAUAAUUCAUACCAGAGAUUAUACUUCAAACCCCGAACAUUCCAAUGUUUUGUGUUCUUAUGGAUCAUGUGCUUCAUGAUUCAUUCACCCAUGUAUUUUAAUAAAGAGGGCCUCCACCACCCCACCCUCCCACAGAAAAAGAAAAAGAAAAGAUCAAAGACAGAAAAAGUAGGGCUAAGAUCCAGAGGAUGAGAAAUGAAUGCAAACAUCACAGUUUUCCCCCUCCUUCCCUCUAUUUGCUGUUACAUUUGGUAGUGUUAUGAACUUAAUUUUGGCUUUACAAUAACAAUUGUGGUUGGGAUCUCAUGAUUA